AUGACAACGGACAACGCUGCUGUGCCGUCGGACGUGACUUCCGCGACCGGCCCCACUGGACUCAUCAUACCCGCGCUGCCGCUCACACCUGAGGCGUUCGCGCCUUUCGGCCAAGUCGUCCAAGCAUAUGCUGACGUGAACGCGGUGCCGUCCCCCCGGACAACACGGAUAACAGGCGCCAACCAAGGCACUGCAAUCAAGUUUCAUAAGCUUGCGCUGCUGGAAUCAUCGUACCCUGCCGGCGCUGGCGCAACUGCGGGACUGUCCGUGUACCGCUGCAAUCCAAUCGAUGUACUAACGGGCGGGUUGUGGACGGUUAAGCUGCUGGAGAGGCACCCUUACACGAACCAGGCGUUCAUACCGAUGGGCGCCGGGGAGGAGCUGCCGCAGCCGGGAACUAGGUAUUUGGUAAUUGUCGCGCUAAAUGGGGAAGGCGACAGGCCGGACUUGGCGACAAUGCGAGCAUUCGUUGCCCAUGCCGGGCAAGGCGUUGUGUACAACACAGGGCUUUGGCACCACCCUAUGGCCGUGAUUGACAAGGCAAUGGAUUUUACCUGCGUGGAGACACAGAUCGGGGAUGGAAGCGAUGCAGACUGCGAGAUCGUGAAUUUGGACGAAUCAUCUGGACACUACAGUGUGCAGCUGCCCAUCGCUUUGUAA